AUGACUCUCAUAUCGGCCAAGGAAGUUGCUAAACAUAAUACGCGCCAGGAUUGUUGGGUUAUUAUACAUGGAAAAGUAUAUGAUGUGACCAAGUUUCUUCCGGAACAUCCUGGUGGGGUAAAAGUGAUCCUUGAUCAAGCUGGUAAAGAUGCAACAGCUGCUUUCGAUCCAAUCCAUCCACAAGACAUAAUUAAAAUGUACUUGCCUCCUGAGGCUUUCCUCGGUGAGAUUGACCCUGCUACUAUUGUUAAACAUACUAAAAAGGAAACAGAAGAGGAAAAACGACGUCAACAACUUAUUAAAAAUAAACCAGCUUUAAGUGAAAUGUUAAAUUUAUAUGAUUUUGAAGCUGUAGCUUCUCAAGUUUUAACUCCUGAAGCAUGGGCAUAUUAUAGUUCUGGUGCAGAUGAUGAAAUUACUCUUCGAGAAAAUCAUAAUGCUUUUCAACGUAUUUGGUUUAGACCUAGAGUAAUGAUAGAUGUAACUCAUAUUAAUAUGAGUACAAAAAUUUUAGGUUAUAAUUCUUCUUUUCCAUUAUAUAUAACAGCUACAGCAUUAGGAAAACUUGGUCAUCCUGAAGGUGAAGUAGUUUUAACUCGAGCUGCAUAUUCACAUGAAAUUAUUCAAAUGGUACCUACACUUUCAUCAUGUUCAAUGGAUGAUAUAUCAAAUUCUCGUGGAAAAGGACAAAUUUUAUUUUUUCAAUUAUAUGUAAAUAGGAAUAAAGAUAUAACAAAAAAUGUUGUUCAAUCUGCUGAAGCUAAAGGUUGUAAAGCACUUUUUAUUACUGUUGAUGCACCACAAUUGGGUCGUCGUGAAAAAGAUAUGCGUAUGAAAUUCGUUAAUGCACCACCAGAAGUUCAGGAUGAAAAAGAUUUAAAUCGUGAUCAAGGUGCUGCACGAGCCAUUUCUUCUUUUAUUGAUACAAGUUUAAAUUGGAAUGAUUUAAAAUGGUUUAGAUCUAUUACAUCUAUGCCUAUUGUUCUCAAAGGAAUUCAAACUCUCGAAGAUGCUAUACUUGCAGUAGAGUAUGGAUGCGAUGGCAUAGUACUAUCAAAUCACGGAGGUCGUCAACUUGAUUUGUCUCGUUCCGGCAUAGAAAUACUUCCUGAAGUUGUUGAAGGUUUAAAGAAACGAGGUUUAUUAAAUAAAGUUGAAAUAUACGUAGAUGGAGGAAUCCGUCGUGGAACUGACAUUCUUAAAGCAAUUGCUUUGGGCGCAAAAGCUGUUGGAAUUGGGAGACCAUUACUUUAUGCUAUGUCUUCUUAUGGGCAAGCUGGUGUUGAACGUGCUUUACAAUUAUUAAAAGAUGAAGUGGCAAUUGGUAUGCGUCUAUUAGGUGCCAAUACACUCGCUGAUAUUAAACCUGAAAUGGUUGAUAUUAAAGAUUUAACAACUCAUAUAUAUACACCAAAAGAUUAUUUAAAUUCAAGUGUGUAUAAUAGGCUUGCUCUUAAGCGAAGCAAGUUAUAA